AUGGACGGCAUAGAGGGCGAGGCUGGGGCGGCCGCUGCGGGGGCCCGCCCGCCUCCCUCGGAUGGAGCCGCCUCCGUGCGGCAUGUGGCCCCUUGCCUGGCUGCUGCGGUGCCAGCGGCCCUGCGCGAGGUGCCCGGCGCGGACGGCGACGCGGUGCCGGCGGAGGCGGUGCCAGGUGCGCCUGGCGGAGCAGCUGCCGCAGGAGCCUUCGGCGUGCUCGACGUGGAGGUCGACGCACGGCGACGGGCCCUGGUGCAGCGUGCGCUGGCUUAUCACCCGCGGUGCCUGAUGUCCGUCGUCGGGAGUUUGGACACGUUUCUGGAGGGCCUCCUCUGGGUGCUGUUCACGGUGAAGACGAAGGCGACUGGCAAGAUGGCAGCGGCUCACACGGCCUGCAAAAGGCCCGCUGCAGCCCCGCCGCCCAGCCCGCUGGACCAGGCUGUGGGCGACGAGACGCCAGGUGAGGUCAUGCGCAGGGUCUCCCGCAGGCUCCAGCACGAGAAAGAGCAGCUGGUGCUGACGGCACCGCCUCGACCAGCUGGCAAGGGCGUGGCGCGGGUGGCUCAGACCGCUGGCGUCCAGUCGGCGGCGCCCCAGCCUGCAGCG